UACCUUUAUUGUCUCUCUGAGACUCUAAACUCUAUUACCCAGGUAUGAUGCUAGAGAGUGUCCCCACUUUGCACCCCUUGCCUGCUCAACAUCUUCUGCUUCUGGGAAGGAUCAGAUGGUCUUGGCUUGUCAAAACCAUUGUUCUCCUUGUCAUUGUCAGCAACGGCAGUAUUUUUGGGAGAGUUUUGAUUGGGAUCAUGCAUACUGUAUCGGGGUGUAGGGAGGCAAUGGAGAGGCAGACCAUGACCAAAAUUUUUGGACCGGACGUGGCAACCGUGGUGCUAUUGUCUGUGACACUUGAAAAAUUUGGCAACCACAGUCCCCACCUAGAUGCCUAUUAUUCUCUCAAUGUAGGUUAACUCUCAGCAAUCCAAAAUACCAAAAUGUAGCCGGAUAAUAAGCCAUUGUUG